GCCUCCCCUUUCCUGAAGACGCGGAAGGAGAGCGGCGCGGCCUAGUCCUGUUGCUGAGGGAGGAAACAGAAGCAGGAGGAGGAAGGGGGGUUGUAUUGGGUGUCCCCGUGAGGAGAAGCGGGGCUGGUUUGCGAUGGCUCCUCCGCCGCUCCAGCCCACGGCCUCCUGCGGGGCCUGGGAGAUGCGAGAACGCCUCGGCACCGGGGGCUUCGGCAACGUCAUCCGCUGGCAGCACAAAGAAACGGGGGAGCAGAUUGCAAUCAAACAGUGUCGCCAGGAGCUCAGCCUCCGCAACCGAGAACGGUGGUGUUUGGAAAUCCAGAUCAUGAAACGUCUCAAUCAUCCCAACGUGGUGGCUGCCAGGGAUGUGCCAGAAGGGAUGCAAAGCCUUGCCCUGAAUGACCUGCCCCUCCUGGCCAUGGAAUAUUGCCAGGGCGGAGAUCUCAGGAGACAUCUGAAUCAACUUGAGAACUGUUGUGGUGUGCGCGAAAGAGCCAUCCUCAUCCUGUUGUCAGACAUUGCCUCUGCUCUCCGAUAUCUUCACGAAAACAGGAUUAUCCACAGAGACUUGAAGCCGGAGAACAUUGUCCUGCAGCAAGGCGAAGAGCGGUUAAUACACAAGAUCAUUGAUUUGGGAUACGCCAAAGAACUGGAUCAAGGCAGCCUAUGUACGUCCUUCGUUGGGACCCUGCAGUAUCUGGCCCCAGAGUUGCUUGAGCAACAGAAGUACACUGUGACAGUAGAUUACUGGAGUUUUGGUACAUUGGCCUUUGAAUGUAUCACAGGCUUCCGGCCUUUCCUGCCCAACUGGCAGCCAGUGCAGUGGCAUACAAAGGUCCGGCAGAAGAGUGAGCUGGAUAUUGUCGUCUAUGAAGACUUGAAUGGAGAAGUGAAAUUUUCUAGCAAAUUGCCACGCCCUAAUAAUUUGAACAGCGUUUUGGUCGAUCGGCUGGAGAAAUGGCUGCAGCUUAUGCUCAAAUGGCACCCACGGCAGAGAGGCACCGAUCCCACCUACGGUGCCAAUGGCUGCUUCAAGGCUCUGGAUGAUAUCUUGAACCUAAAACUUGUCCAUAUCUUGAACAUGGUCACUGGCCUUGUGCAUGUGUUCCCUCUGGGCGAGGAGGAAACCCUGCAGAGCAUCAAAGCCAAGGUCGAGGCUCAGACCGGCAUCCCAGAGCAGGACCAAGAGCUGCUGCAAGAAGGCGGGUUGGCCUUGCUUCCCGAGAAGCCGGACAUUCAGUAUACAGCUGACAUCAAGCUAAAUGAUGCCACGGCUGCUGACAUUGGCCUCUUUUUCCUCUUUGACAACCGGAAAGUCACCUACGAGUCUCAGAUUUCCCCGCAGCCCCAUCCAGACAACAUUAACUGCAUCCUUCAAGAUCCAAAGAAAACUCUUGCCUUCUUCCAGCUGCGCAAAGUGUGGGGGCAGGUCUGGCACUCCAUCCGACGCCUGAAUGAGGACUUUAACCAGCUCCAAAAUGGUCAGCGGGCGGCCAUGAGGAACCUCCUGCGGCACAACAGCACCCUUUCGAAGAUGAAGAACAACAUGGCCUCCCUUUCCCAGCAGCUGAAGGCAAAGCUGGACUUCUUCAAAGCCAGCAUCCAGAUUGACUUGGAGAAGUACAACGAGCAAAUCCAGUUUGGAAUCACCUCUGAGAAGCUUUUGCUCGCAUGGAAGGAAAUGGAGCAGGCCAUCGAGCUGCGCGGAAGGGAGGAGGACGUUGAUCAGUUGGUGAAGAAAACCAUGGCCCUCCAGACAGACAUUGUGGACCUGCAGAGAAUCCCUCAGGGCCGAAAACAAGGCAGCUCCCUGGAUGACCUAGAGGAACAAGCAAGGGACUUGUACCGGAAACUGAGGGAAAAACCACGAGAUCAGAGGACCAGCGGAGACUGCCAAGAGGUUGUGCGGCUGCUCCUGCAAGCAAUCCAAACCUUUGAGAAGAAAGUCCGCCUCCUUUAUGUUCAGCUCAGUAACACAGUUGUCUGUAAGCAAAAGGCACUGGAAUUGUUUCCUAAAGUAGAUGAAGUGAUGAGUCUGAUGAAGGAAGAUGAGAAAACAGUGGUCGGACUUCAGGAGAAACGACAGAAGGAGCUCUGGAACCUGCUGAAAAUUGCCUGUAACAAAGUCCGAGGUCCUGUCAGCGGGAGUCCGGACAGCAUGAACCCUUGCCACUUCAGCAGUCCUAGCCAGUUGCCGCUGCAGGUCACGGCACCCCAGAGCAAUGCAUUGGACACUGGGAUCAAAAGUGAGGAGCUGCUGACAGAAUCCCAAACUCUCUGCAGUCAGCUGGAGAAUGUGAUGCUGGACACCAUGAAGGAUCAAGAACACAGUUUUAUGGCUCUGGAUUGGAGUUGGCUGAAACUCCGAGCAGAAGAAAAAGAGAACCUAGAACAAACCCAGAUGUGAAAAAGUCCAUUCAGUAACCGAACAGCUAACUUUUCUCUUUGCUGGUGCCUUCACAGGAAUAUAGCUGAUGCUCUCAGUGAUAAAGCAAUUACUCACUGUUGCUCACACAAAACAAUGUUCAUUUUACUCAAAUAAACCUUUUUUCACCCACUA